AUGUCAGCCUCCGCCAAACCCACACAGUCGUACCGCACAUCGUGCGAUCGAUGUCGAUUACAGAAACUGCGGUGCGUGCCAUCGUCUGACGGUGAAUGGCUUAACACGUGCCAACGGUGCUCGCGCGCUCGGGUGCCAUGCGUUUUCAGUCGGCGGGCUCGCAGUGGGCGGCAGCCCAAGAAGCUCGACAGGACGGAAGAGAUUCCUUCCACAUACUCAUCAGAAUCAAACGCAUCGACGCCACCAUUGAAGUCUCCCGGCUUUCUUGCAUCGCAGGACGAUCCUUUACCAUCGAUCUCCCGUGUCGAUCCCAUCGCCGACCCGCACAACCUGGCCGAUCCAUCGCUGGACCCGAUUCUGGCGGAUAUGUUAUUCCACACCCCGGGAGACCAGAUAGUCAUGCCAAUUUGUAUGCCAUUCCCUGUCCGAAAGACAGAAUGGUGGUGCUCUCCCGAGUCGCCGAGCCCAGAGCUCGAUCUUACAAAAUCAAGCAACUCGUUAGACCAGACAUACUAUAACCAAGCCGACACAAAUCACAUAAGAGAAAUACUCAACAUACCAAACACGGACAGCACCAUGCCCGACAACCCGAACUCCCAAGUCCGAAUACCAUCCACCCAAGUCCAAGGCCUCUCUUUGAUCCCUGUCGCAAUGACAAACUACACAAGCGACCUGCAACGGUACCGCAGAGCAAACAUCGACAGAAAGCACAGCAGUAGCAGCAUCUACGACUACCCGAUUGGCGGAGCAACCUAUCUCGCGCAAUGGCUACGAGAAAUCGUAUCCCGACAGAAAUGGAUGCGGACCGGGCUUCCCAGUUUCAACCCCGGUAGCCAUGACUUUGUGGACACACCCACCCUCUUAAUGAUGUUGUCAUGCUACAUGUCGCUAUUGAACAUCUAUGACAUAGUGUUCCACGACCUGCGUCAGCUAUUUACCAUACUUCCAGACUCGACAUCGUCAACAUCAUCCCGAGCUGGGCUACGGUGGGACCUGCGACUGGGUGAUCUACCUCUAACGAAUGACGGGUGCGUGCGGAUUCUCAAUGCCGUGCAGAUAUUACUGGAUGCGUUGGAUGCGAUUGAGAAGGAUCUCGAACAUAUUCAAAGCUCCAACGAUAGCAUUAUAGAGUCCAUGUUUGGAAGGAAUGUCGGCACUGGCAUGGUAAUGGAAGCGGGGCUAAGUGGAGGACUACGUGCGAAGGCUGAAGAGCUGCAAGGGCUUUUAAAGCAAAUUCUGAAUUUGUAG